AUGAUGGUUGACGAUGUUCCCGCGAAUUUGCCUGAGGAUUAUAAGCGCUCCCCCGAUGACUCCGACUUGGUUGACAACAUAGAUGAAACUCCCCCUCCUAAAAAGCCCAAGCUUACUUCAGCCACCUGUAUGCAUGUCUUGUUUACUUAUGUUUUAGCGAACAUACCAUGUUCCAUUCCAUCUCUGUUAUUGUCAGAUUUAUCUUCGACUAUCCCGGACAACUUAAAGGUUUUUCGGAGCGUCAUUUUCUUCAUGUCAUGUAGAAUCAAGCCAGUUUACUUUUAAAAUGCCAUCUGUUUCCAAGUGAUAUACCUGAUGUCUGGCCCUCUAUUCUUAUAAACGGUCCACCUUUCUGUGGCAAAACCACGCUAGUGAAAGCCAUAGCAGGGGUUUGUCUCUUGGUCGUUGACGUUAAUUUGUAGACCUUGCGUGUGAACUUUCUGUCUGUUUCUGUUGGAAUGCUGACACCCACUAUCAGAACCUGGAGGGAAAUAUUUAAUCAGGCGAAGGUACUUUAAUGAUUCACUUUAUGAGUAACAACGCAGACUAACUCACCGUGUAUCCUUCACAUCGAUGACAUCGAAAGCAUGGAGAAGCAGUCCGCACCGUCUGGAACCUUUCGGUUGACGUGCCUGCUCAAAAGUCAACUGCUUCCCGGUAUUGAUUUUCGUGCUUAGCACUCUGUGUGCCUGUCAUCCAUUUUUGCCUUGCUUUUAGGCAGAUUUGUUAUACUUUCUUAGAUUGUAUUGGGUCUGGGAUUGUCGUCGUUGGUGAAACUCGCAAUCUCCUUGCAAGUCUCCCUCAGCCCGUUACAGACCUCUUUACACACCGACUUACUUUCGGCAUGAUGGAGGAGAAAUGCCGUCUCAGGUAGACAUGUCUUUCCGACCGUAUUAUUUUCUUUUUGUUUGCCUCGCAUGCUUUCUUUACUUCCUCUUCCUACAGCCUCCUUUCGAAAUUCCUGAUCGAAGGGUCCUCACCUUCUGUAAAUGGAGAAAGUGAUGGCGUCUCUCAUAGUUUAAACCAGAACGUUUCACUCAUUUUGGAUGAAGGGCUUACCUUGGCUGAAAUCGCUCAUCGGACUCCCGGGUAUGAAGCGGGUGACCUCAUCCGCCUUAUUCUGCAAUUGCGCAUAGCCCUCCUAUCAACAGUAGAUAAUGAAGAAAACAAGAAUGACAUCAACACUGACGGUUCUGAGGUAAUUAACUCUUGACCACACACCUUUUUUCAAAUCCGGUCAGAAUGACAGUUGGGUUUCCGCAAAAACACGCUGCUGGGAUUUUUCAUCCUAGGUCCUUUCACUUUGGCAGACUUACUAAAAUUUAUUUUUAUCUGUUUCAUAUUUAUAUGAUGGAGGCGUAUUCCAAGCACUUUUCCUUCUGUGGUGGCAUCGGCACAACCUUAAUUCCAGAUUUCAUCUUCCGACAGUGUAAAUAACAGUAAUUUCAAGCAAAGCACACGUUUCACAAUGGUUGUAAGAUAAUUCCCUUUGUAAGGCUUCGGAGUGUUAGGCUGACCGCACAUUCGUGAAGCAUGCUUCCUUAUCAAAAGUCUUUCACUUAUUCAUCUGUCAAGAUGCAACUUGCGUUAUUCUGCGUAUAGCAUUGCAGGUAGCUGACCCUCUUAUCUGAAACAAGGCAACAAUUUAACAUAAAAGGCAAAACAACAAAAUUACUUUGGAGCGAAUUACCCUCUCGUCUGUAAACACCUGGAAGCCCACCUUUCGACUGCGUCUGGACGCCUUACUUUCGUAGUUGCUGCAGUAAAGUAUAGCUGAGGCCUCUUAAACACGAACAGUCUUGCUGUGCGGCCUAGACCGAGAGGAAAAUAGAUGGGGGUGACAACAUUGAUGUCUGCCUUUUUGAGACAGAUAUAUAAUUCCCUGUUCCUCUCUUUGUGACCGUCCACCCUAUCAACUGAAAUACCACACCACUGUCUGCAAAGGCAGCUUAAAAUUGAACAUUUAACAAGUACUCCUUCUGCAACCGCGCGCACGCACAUGUUUCUUCGACUGUUUGCGACUAAAAUUCAUGGAACUUAACCGCUAAGUCAAUGGUAGAUCCUUUGCCCUGUGUGACUGCUUGAUGUGAAUUGCUGCUUUGUCACGAUUGUUUCCAAUGUGUGCUUAAUGCAAAUUUCAGACCCUACUACACUACUUUUAGCCGCCACUCGUCAUAUUGACUUCCUCAUAACCUUGCAUUCCAUUCCUCACGAGCUUGCAUCCGGUGAUCGAGAUGGACAAAUUCCCGACAGUUUUUUUAUCUGGGCGCACUGUCGGUCCACGCAUGCCCAAUUUCUUGUCUGUAACAGCCGUCCAGCCGUUUGAAACUCGAUUGGUCCUCUCGAAUAAUAUCUAAUAUCUUACUCUAUUCAACUUCAUUUGUUGACCUUUCGAAAGGUCUUAUACCAUUCCGAUGGCACCGACUAUGCUGACGAGAUUUCCUCUUUAGGGUCAUCAACCAAAACCUGCAGGAUGUACUUUUAUGGAUCAAAAGCUCGACAAACCAGUUCAUCCGUCAUUGCAAAAACCAUCAUUCUCAGGAUUUCUAGGUCAAGACAACCUAUGCACUUUCGAAUCGGGUCGUUAUCUUUACCGGAUCGUGGUUGUUCAUACCACCACCACCACCACCACCACCACCACCACCACCACCACCACCACCACCACCACCACCACCAUCAUUGAAAGCAGCUGGAGUAAUUGUGAUCAAUGUCGUACAAAGCGUGCUGGCUAAGAUAGUAGAGGUACCCUAGCCGUCACGACCAGAAGCAUAUUGUGUUUAGAAUAAGACGAAAUUACCAAGUUGAGAGGGCUAAUCCUGCAGGGGACCGUGACGUAGUCUCAGCUAGCGGUGGCCGGUCAGGGAAGUUUGUGUGCGCGCAUGAGUAUGCUUGUUACAGCGUAUAGACAAGCCGGUGUUGGGAAUCUGGUUUUACCACUAAAACUGGCUACGCGUUAGAUGCGUCGGACUAUUAUGAUGGCUAGAUCGGACUCUGACAGGCUUGAUUGGGAAUACGUACACAUGACAAAUGCCAACAUUGGGGUGUAGCGCCAGACCCAGUUGCAGGCUCACGUCGGGCCAACUGGGAUCCGUGCCGCCCCCUCUCCCAUUUUGCCCUAUAAGAUCCUGGCCAGUGUCCUUUGUGGACCAGGGGAUGUGGCGGCACGCCUAGAUGCGCGCCCUCGCCAUGUGAGACACCUGCGUCCUCUCCAGCCUCCGGUUUUGGCUCUGUCUUGAAACCACAUCCAGCUGAGGGAGGAUAGAUGCAGGGAAAUUCUUCUAUCACUAAUUUAGGCUCACGUCACCGCCCUUGCUCCCACCCUGUUGUGGACCACACGGUGGACGGUCGAACUGUCGGACAUCUGGUUGAUUGCUUGAGAAGGACCAGGCGGGCUUGUGGCUCCAUUGCGUAUUCCCUGAGACGAUGUUCACGCCUUGCGUGGCGAAGUUGAGCUCACAACAAGAGACGGGACGGACGUGCAAAGGAGUUCAUAAAGACGUUCAUGCAUUUGGUUUUUCCUCUUUGUUUUGCACCACAUCUUUCAGUGAUUUCUUAAAACAGCCUGCUCAUAGCUCGCGACCGCGGUGAGGGAGGUUGUACAAUUAGUCUAAAAGAACACUCUCUGUGUUUAGGGAAAAAUAAAUACCUUGGUGACACGUGACGUGCUUGAAGUUGCCCUCAGUCAAGUCGUUCCAGCUGCAAAGAACACGUCAGAGUUCGUCACCAUCCCUGAGGUGACUUGGUCGGACGUGGGUGGCUUGGAGGAAACGAAAACUCAUCUAUAUAACCGGUUUAUGGUGAGUGACAGUCCCCAAGCAAAUAACUACCUCUCCUUGUGCCGACCUAAUCGGUAUUUUUGCUUGCUUGCAGCUUCUUGUGGACGACUGGGAACGCGCUCAAACUCUUCGACGUCGUUCAGGAGGUGUUCUUCUUGAAGGACCGCCGGGUUGUGGGAAAACUUUGAUCGCCAAAGCCUUAUCAAACACCGCUGGUCUUAACUUCUUGUCAGUUAAGGGACCUGAAAUAUUAAAUAAGUAUCAGGGCGAAAGUGAACGGCGGGUGCGCGAGAUAUUUGAACGUGCUCGCGCCUGUCAACCAUGUCUCGUCUUUUUCGACGAGAUCGACGCUAUCUGUCCUCGGAGGGAUGGUGACGAAUCAUCAGGUUGGUUCAUUUCCCGCACCAAAAUUAAUUUCAAGGCUCUCUCUCUCUCUCUCUCACAACUUUUCGCCAAGGGACGGCUCACCAGACGGAGUUUUUUUAUAUAAUUACGUAGUAUAAUCUUUGAGCGAAAGGUAUCUAUUAUUGUGGCUCCUCGCAAAGGCCUUGGCUGUUUGUGUACACCCAUUCCCACAGUUUGUCACUGCCAGGGUCGAUGCCAGAUCUCAGUAUUCCGAAAGCCGUAUUUUAAAUUGCCUAAGAAGUGAUGCUUACAAACUCCCCAGACCACUGACUGGCGCCUCUUUAAUAGUCACGUUCAUUUUUAUUUCCCCACAGGCAGUCGCGUAAGUGUGGUCAACCAGCUGUUGGUGGAGUUGGACGGUAUCGACAAGCACCGACAAGCUCGGGUUUUUGUCGUUGGUGCAACCAAUCGCAAGGACAUGAUUGACGAGGCCGUCCUUCGUCCCGGGCGCCUUGGUCUUCAUCUUUUCAUCAGCCCCCCGGCAAGCGCCAGCGAUCGGGCCUCCGUCCUCUCCGCGUGCACUCGUGGCGCCACCGCCCCCCUCAUUGAGGGCGGCCUGGCAACCCUAAAUCGUCUCGCCGAGGACCCACGGACUGACAACAUGACGUAACUAUUUGCGCAUAUAUAUACAUGUAUUCCUAAUUGAAGUUAAGAUGCUCAUACUUAGGCAUAACUGGGAGGGGAAGGCGGUCGCUUUUCUCUCUGGGGUUAAGUCUUCAAUUCUCGCAGGCAGUUGCGUAGAGUCCAGUAAUAUAUGUAGUUUGAAGUGCAGGUAAAAAAGGGAAGCCAGGAUGACCGCUUCUGGCUUAUUAGCUAUCGUCAGCCAGCCAUACUUGACCCUAGAUUAAGCUGACUUGGGGUUCAAACCUGGUUUUUUAGUCGUUGAGCGUUUUGAGUCGCGACUCCAUCGUCCAGACUGCCCGCAAGGGCUUUAACCUCCUGCAGCCUGGUCGGUGAACACCCUUCGGCGAGACCACUGACCGUGGACCAACGGUAGAGCAUUGGAUUUCAAACGCUCGGCGACCAAGGACUCUGGAUACGAGUCCUGCGUUGGGUUGGGCGUGGUUGGCUGACGGUGGCUAGUAAACAAGAAAUGGCCAUACUAGCAUUCUUUGUCUUUGUUGGUAUUCCACCCUUCAGAACUAAAUUGCCCUUUCCCUAUAUUUUUCCCUCCACUUUCCAUCACUUCGUUUUAGAGAACCCACCGGGCUAUUUUUCUGUGUGCUUUUGUUGGCAAAACCGACUUUUGGACCAGAAAAAUCGAGUUUUCUGUCUGAGCACGCAGUACGUUUUGCUCUGGCCAUAGCCACAUAGUCCCCAGCACCAUUUUUGGGUUCUUUUAGAGUGCCGCUCAGUGUGCGUUUUUGACAAACUAUCUUGUACAGAAAACAUUUCUCUGCAGAGCCGUCUAUCCUGUCAAGGAAUAUCAUGUCACGUUACAAAAAAGAACUCAAACAGUGGUAAAGAAAGGCCUCAGUCGCACCGCGGACAGUCCUUAUAGCGGCUUCUCCGGCGUCUGCCCUUGUGAAACGGACAGGCAUACUUCAAAUUCUGAGCGCUUGCCCCUAAGUGACUGUGCGACAGCUCUGUUAAGUUGGACGGCGACCCGAGAUUAUCGUUGAUUAUCGCCUCGUUGGUGCACUGAGACUUUCACAGAAUUGCUAAGCCCAACUUCGAGAAUCGUAAACCUGUGAAGCUAACCAAAAUAGCUGCAGCCACUCCGAUUAUAGGGAUUUUUUCUCAUCAGUUUCUACCGUCAUAUAGAUUAACUGUUUUCUAAGAGGAAGGAUUGACAGAGGGCCAUUUCAGAUAGUAUGUUAAAUCAUCAGCCGCAGUUUUUUCAGUCGUUUUUGGCAAUUUUCAUCGAAGCAAAAAUAAAAUUUUAGCCUGAAGUCGGUCCUAAUUUGACAGUUUGGAGACGGUUGUUCAGUAUACACCUACUUUCUUAAGCAUGCAAACUGCCGUGAGAAAAGCUUUCAGCGAUCAGGUUGCGAGGCAUGCUCAGUCUAGAGGCCUCGUGUGGCGACGCGCUAUACAGGAAGGAGUUCAAACAAAGAGGCACUGGGACAGCCAUUUCUGGUUUUUUGCUCGCCGUCAGCCAACAGUAUUCGAAACCACGUUUGGAUAACUUGUGUAUUUCGACACUCCUGCCUGCGUAUUUACUGUUUCAGAAAUCUUUUUUAAUACCAUCUCGGAAGACCUAUCCGUUGCGAUAUAAAGGGUUUUUGGAAGUUUUUUUAAACAGCGUACGCACUUAGCCUUUGGGAUCCUUAAAAAACAUGGGAUAAUGCCAUUCAGAUUCUAAAGAUGUGUUUAAAUCACCUCUGUUUAUGUGCCAAUCACUAAUUUGGUUGUCAAUUUUUUAAUAUGAAUACCAUCCCACAAGGGAACUCUAGGAAACGAACUUUUCGCAACUUAAUUUUCUGGGAGAAAAUUUGCUCUAUAUGACAUUUAGAAUGCCCACACACAGUCCAUCCAUCACUAGAAAACACAUGCGAGCGUCCCAGCUGCGUACAGCAAGCACGUCCUCGACGGCGUCUCGGCAUUGGUUGAGGCCACAGUGAUUCCUUAGAACCUGAUUGGUCCAUGUCUGCGAGGAGUUUCUCGGCUCCUCCGGUCCUCUCUUUUUGGACCGGAUUAGGCCGAAUUAUAGUCAACCUGAGCGGGAUGCAAGUAACACGCAGUUUCUUCAGUGGGACGACGUGCGGGCUUCAGCGCAUUUCGUUGCGGCCGAUCGUGUUUUGUUCCUCUGCUGUGCUGGCGGUCUGUGAGAACGGCCGAGCACGCGUACGGCUCGUGCUGUUACUGAAUACUAGAUCGGAUGAUAACAAGACUUAAAGAGGGAAUCUGGAAAUUUGACUGUCGAAAACCUGCAAUCCGUGCUGCAUAAAAUAACUUGAGUUUGCUCCGUGCCCAUGCCUCCUGCGACCAAAUUUAGGUAAUCCCUUCUGUACAUCUGAGCACUUUCGCCAAUUUCCGAAGAACUCCAUUCCUUCUUUAAUAGGAAAGUUACUGUGUUAUUUUGUAGGUGCUGAGGUUUUUCACACACAUUUUUUAGACACAGACCCCAUCCUCUGAGUACUUUACUCAACCGGAGUUGCUUAGUGUAGUGUGGCCACUGCGUCUAUUUCUUCAAUGCCAAUAUUCCUCAUAGCCAGCUCGGAAUGAGGCGUCAUUUGUCUAACUGUCCUCCAUUUCCUCAUCUCUCCAGCGGGGCCGACCUGGAAAACCUACUGGAUCUCGCGAAACAGAAUGCGCAACUGGCUAAACGCGAUUUCGUCAAGGAGGCUGAUCUCCAGGCAGCCCUGGCUGAACUGAAGAAAAAAUGA